AUGGCUGCCAAUUUCAAGACAGCCACAAUCGCUGCCAAGACAAGAGUUAAUAUGAGACCCCUAAACCCAAUCCUACCAUUUAUCGGCUUGAGUACUGCUACUGGUAGUAAUAGAAGAACCGCGGCGCCAGCGUCGAUCUCUGAAUCCACCUCCACUGUCCCUGAUGAUGGUAAUUGUAAUGGUAACCCCUGCCUUGACCUUUUCUUCCUCAACUUCCAAGAUGCAAAGGUGGCCGGCCGUAAUCGUAUGGAGGAACUGCUGUCGCUGGCCUGGUCCCACAAUCCCGUAACCACCCUCAAGGUCAUCUACAAGAUACUAUUGGGCCAUCAUGACGAAAUAUUCCGCACGAUGACAAUUUGGCUCCACCAGAACCACCCCAAGACCCUAUCAUGCAACAUUGAGCCUAUUGCCGGAUUGUUCGUGGAUUUCUAG